AUGACUGACGCCUUGCUAGACUCCCCGCUAUAUAAAGUUGGCGAGCAUUCACUCAAGCCCGAAGAACGUGUCCAAAUCACGGUCAGGAAGGCACAAAAGCUUGCUGAAGCGUAUGGGCUCUCUCUGGAAGAUAUUUCAUCACUGUCCCCCAAGUUCUGGGCCUUCCACACCGACCCGAUUGUCUGCGACAACCCGGCAACAAUAGUCAUGAUGUCGAUUCAGUAUAACCUCGUCUUGGGGACUAUCUUGGAGCACGUUGGACAACGGGCCGACUUAAGGAGCCUCUUGGCGGACCUUUUGGCCUAUCGCGUGUCAGGCCAGUUUUGCUUAACUGAGCUGGAUCAUGGACUCGACGCAGCGAACCUAGAAACCAGAGCAGAGAUGCUGGAAGACGGGUCUGGAUUCAUCCUCAAUACGCCCCAUCCUGGAGCAGCAAAAUAUAUGCCGCCGGUCACACCCUGUGGUAUUCCUUGCGUUGGAGUCGUUAUGGCCCGCUUGAUCAAGAACAAGAAGGACCUCGGGGUCCGACCUUUUCUUGUCAAUCUCACCAAUGGAGAAGACACCUUGGCCGGUGUCGUCACUCGAGUUCUUCCAGAUCGGGGCGGCUCAUCGCCUGUCUGGCAUUCAAUCACUUCAUUCCACAAUCUAUAUCUCCCCGCUAGCGCCUUAUUGAUGCCUGACCACCGCUCCAAUACUUCUUUCCAAAAGACCAUCUGGCGCGUUGCUGUGGGCUCCCUGUCUCUUUCUGCUACUGCCAUUCCAGCACUCGCACACGGAGCAACCAUCGCCGCAAAAUACAGCCAGCGACGUUUAGUCACUGGCGGCAAGCCGGUAAUCGCCUUCCCGACCCAACACGGCCCCAUUCUGGAAGCUUUUGCGCAGCAUUUCGUGCUUGGAGUCUUUUAUCAAAGGGCCGCGAUGGCCUUCAUGAGGCCGGGACUGAGUAUGGAUGUUCGGCACGGGAUCGCGACUUGCUUCAAAGCCGUUGCAACGAGAGACGGACAGAACGCGAUGCUGAAGCUGUCGGAACGGUGUGGCGCACAAGGGCUGUUCAACUAUAAUGGACUGUCCCAGAUGCAUGCUGACCUACGAGGAAAUGCGGUUGCAGAGGGUGAUAUCCUCGUACUCUCCAUCAGACUGGUCACAGAGCUAUUACUUGGAAGAUACGCUCUCGACGAGGUGUUCUUUUCUGGCCUCCCGGUUUCACUCUUGGACAACCCACUCACUCGCCACGCCGAGGGUUUGUUAUCUACCGCCCGCUCAACCCUUUUUGGGCCAUGCAAAGGUGUUCAUCGUUCGGAGGAGUUUGCCCGUCGCAUUCUCCCGCAGUGCACCAAGAUCGUGGAAGCUAUCGGAAUGAGCUAUGCUUACGUUUCUGCUGUCUCGGCGGGACUUGACGAGCGGAUAACGGGAUUAUAUCUGGCUGUGGCUUUGCGGGAGGACCAGGGUUGGUACAUAGAGCACUUGGGGCUGACGCAGGGGCAGCUGCUGGAUGGAGAGGUUAGUGCUGUCAAAGAGGCGUUCCCGUUGCUGGGCAAGUGGAUGGCGAUGUGUGGGGCGGAGAAGUAUGUCAAGGCGCCAAUUGUGGAUAAGCAACGAUGGGAUGAUUUUGUGGGCUCUUUGAAAGUGUUCAAUGGGAGCGAGGGUUAUGUUGGCAACACACCGCUUUUCAAACGACCAACCCACUCGCUGAAACCUGCGGACAGUGUGAUCCUCACGGUCAAGAAGGCUCAAAAGCUUGCUGAAGUGUGUGCUUUGACGCUAAAUGACAUCGCCUCUUUGUCCCCCAAGUUUUGGGAGUUCCAUAUGGACCCCAUCUUCUGCACCAACUUCGCGCCACUCGUCUUGCUUGCUAUCCAGUUCAAUACUGUUGUGGGCACAAUAUUGGACCAUGUUGGUCAGCGAGAGGACUUGAAGGGUGUUCUACAAGACUUAUUGGCAUACCGAGUUUCUGGACUGGCUUGUAUAACCGAGAUUGAUCACGGACUAGAUGCACCAAACCUAGAGACCACAGCGGAGAUGUUGGAAGACAUGUCAGGUUUUGUUCUCAAUACACCUCAUCCAGGAGCAGCAAAAUAUAUGUCGGCAAUGGCUCCAUCUGGAAUUCCAAGUGUUGCUGUAGUUUUUGCUCGACUCCUUAAGCAUAAGCAAGAUCUCGGUGUCCGCCCCUUUCUGGUUUCUCUUACCGAUGGCCUCAAUGUACUUCCUGGGGUUGUUAUAAGGAUCUUACCGUUUCGUGGGGGCUCCGAGCCACUUCAGCAUUGUAUCAUUUCGUUCGAGAAUCUACAUCUCCCAGCAGCUGCAUUAUUGACCAAAGACACGGAACAAGAGGCUGAUUUCCACAAGACAAUCUGGCGUGCUGCUGUUGGUUCUAUCUCAUUCUCUGCAACCACCAUCCCCGCGCUUGCUCAUUCAGCCUUUAUUGCGGCCAAAUACAGUCAGCGCCGGCUGUCUGCAGGCCAACCAAUCAUCAACUUCCCCACGCAGCACGGACCGAUUCUCGAAGCGCUUGCCCAGCAUUUCGUUUUGAAGGCAUUCUAUCAGCGUGCGACCAGCGUCUUCGUGAAACCCGGGCUUGACAUGCGCGUCCGACACGGAAUUUCGGUGUCUUUCAAAGCUGUUGCCAUGAAGGAUGCUUUGGCAGCCUUAUAUAGACUGUCGGAACGAUGUGGUGCCCAAGGUCUUUUCAGUUAUAAUACCUUAUCUCAGCUACACAUUGAUCUUCGAGGGAAUGCAAUUGCUGAAGGCGAUAUUCUGGUAUUGUCUAUCAGACUCGCCACGGAACUUAUAUUGAAAAGAUAUGAGCUCGAUUCGGCGUUCUUACCUGGCUUGCACACACCAGACAAUCCUCUAGCUCAUCACGCUAAACACCUUCUCGUAUCUGCUCGUGCGACCCUUGCCGGACCAUGCAAAGGGGCUCAUCGAUCGAUCGAAUUUGCUCAGAGAGUACUUCCACAGUGUGCCAAGAUUGUCGAGGCAAUCGGGAUGCACUAUGCCUACGCGUCCGCUGUUUCUGCAGGACUGGACAAACACAUUUUGAAGCUGUAUCUGGCUUCGGCGAUGCGGGAAGACCAAGGGUGGUACAUCGAGCACCUAGGAUUCAAGCGAGAGCAGUUGCUCGAACAGGAGGUCACUGCCGUUCAAGAGGCGUUGCCAAUGCUCGAUGAAUGGUUGAGAAACUGCGGAGCGGCGCCGUAUGUGACCGCUCCGAUCGUGGAUGAGGGAAGUUGGAAUGAUUUCCUAGGCUCGUUGGUGGUAUUGAGAGGAAACUCCAAGGCCCGUUUGUGA